AACAUAUCGACCGAUCCGAAAUAAUCUCACAGAUCUGUUGAUCUACAGAUCUGCGGGGCCCCGUGGACCACCGACGUCAACGCCGCAGUCACCGCUGCCGCCGCAGGAGUCAAGGGCUAUCGGGGAGGCUAGGCGCGCGGUAGGCGGGGUCAAUGCUGCGCAGUACCCUCUACUUUCCUCGGAACGCUUCAUUCGCUCUGCCGGGAAUGCGCUGUACACCGCUGAUAUUUACAUUAUUUUUACAUCUUUGUACUGCUUGGGAGCUGGUAGUCAUUCCGAAUGGCGACCGGCUACUGGAUCAGAAGACUGGGGACAAUUUCAUGGUCUCAUGUAAAGUGAAAGAUUACGAUGGAGCUGCCAGCGAUGUGAAAGUCGAAUGGUAUAAGGAUGGAAGCGUAGUUUCGCGUCUCGGAAGCAUCAUGACCAUCUACAAAACUUACGCCAAUCAACUCCUAAUUAAUCGACCGAAAAUUAGUGACAGUGGAGAAUAUGUGUGCAAAGCCGAGGUGAAUGGCGAAGAGCAAGAGACGACCGUACGGAUCAGCUUUGCCGAUCCUCCCAAAUUCAUCAGUCCUCAAACUGAGCAGCAUCCAGAAGAAGGUUCUACAGCUGAAAUUGUUUGCCUAGUGGAAGGAACGGAGAAACUAGAAGUGUUUUGGCAAUUCAAUGGUACUAUUCUUGAAGAAGGGUCACCUCGAGGUUACGAAUUUCAAAACGACCGCCAAAUUCUCCUAAUUCCUGAGUAUGAUUCUAAGAAAGAUGAUGGCAUCUAUAAAUGCAAUGCAGCCCAGUUUUCGUCGUUUGAAACUCUUGCCAUCAACGUCACCGGAUACUCUCGUCCAGUCAUAACUGUUUUCCACGCUCCUGAGAACAAUAUCGGUUUUGAAGGAGCAAGUGCUAGAAUACAAUGUGGAGCUGUUGGCAAACCGAAACCACUAUACCAGUGGUUCCAUGAGAGCGGCGAAAGUAUUGGCGACUCGGAUAAGUAUAAAGUUCACGAUGGUCUACUAGUAAUCGAAUCCUUGUCCGAACAUGACAGCGGCCAGUACAAAUGCGUAGCUUCUAAUGCAGUUGGGAACGCGACACAAACAGCUCAGCUGAAAGUUCUGCUGAAACCUCGAGUGGAGAAACUCUUAGAUGUAACCAAAAAAGAGAACGAGAAUAUAGAAAUCGUCUGCAAAUAUAGUGGAGAUGGUAUUAGCAAUGCUAAGUUCGUAUUUGGCUCAGAAGAAUAUUCGGUUGUUGACGACGAGGAACAAAGCAAAGAGCUGUCGCCUUCUGAUAAAUCUGGUAAUGGAGGUGAAGAUGAAGAUGGAGAAGAGGAGGACGAUGAGGAAGGGAAAGAUGAAGCCGCGAAUAACGAAAAAGAUAACGAGAAUGCUGACAAAGACGAGGAUGAAGAUGAAGAGGAGGAUGAUGAAGAUGAAGUCAAGGAAAAUGCUCGAAUCAAAAGGUUCGAGGAAGAUGUAACUUCUGAACGUUUGAGCGUACGAGCUGAAGGGGAUUCCAUCAUUCUCAGCAUUCACAAUCUAACCAUGUCGGAUGCUGGAUUGUACAAAUGCGCAGUAUCAAAUAAUGCUGGGAGCACUGAGCGAGCUUUCAAUAUCGCCAUUACUCAUCCACCAAUUCUUCGACGUGCUUCUGAAGAUCAAGUUCGCUCUUUUGAUGGAAAUACCAUCCAUUUGUUCUGCGAAGUUUCAGCUGUCCCAAGUCCAUCAUGGAUUUGGCUCCGCGAUGGAAAUGAGGUUGAAGCUGAUGGUUCAUCCAUAAUCAUCGAAAGUCUUGAAGGACGUUCAAAGCUGACACUGCAAAACUAUGCUGGAAGGAACUAUGGAAGCUACACUUGCAAAGCUGAUAAUGGUGUAGGAAUUUUCGCAAAAGCAAUUGAAGUCCUUCAAGUUUUCCCACCCAUCAUUCCGGAAGGAAUUGACUGUAAGAAGCGCUUAUAUCCCAACUAUGGCAAAUGUUCUAUAGACCUUGAGUCGUACAACGAUCAUGCUCGACGACCUUCGCGCAUGGAAUUUCAGAUAAUGGAAAUAGGCGACAGCUCAUUGGGUGAGGACUGGAAAAAAGCUCGGGUAAUCACUGUGGACUAUGAUGCGGAAGAAAUGGUAUUGAGAAAUCUCACUCCGAACACUCAAUACUCCGUUCGAGCACGGGCAAUUAAUGAGGCUGGCGAGAGCGAUUUUUGCUCUCCUACCAUUAUGGAGACGACUGAUCCUUGGGCUCCGAAAAAACCGGAAAAUGUUCGAAUGGAGUGCGAUGAAGUUUGUACUGUUUUUUGGGAUGAACCAAACGACCACGGAUCAGAAAUUACUGCGUAUCGAGUAGUCAUCCAGGAAUACACUGAAAAUGAGGAAACUGGCGAGGCAAAGGACAUAGGGAAUGCUUUCUCUGUCGAAGUUCCUGGCAACGAGCGAUCACUCGAGCUAACGCAUAUCCACCCUCAUUCCUCUUAUCGAGUGUCCGUCUCCGCAGUCAAUUCCAUUGGAAUUGGCGAGAUUGAAGAAAUCGAGGUUGAUACAGAUGAUGCGCCACUAUCAUCUUCCGAGUCUUUCCUGACACCCAAACUGCCCAUUAUCGUCGGACUAUCUCUUCUAGUCAUUCUUAUCAUCAUUGACCUUAUCUGUUACUCAACGAACCGGUGUGGCCUUAUCGCAUGCUUCUGCAUAAAUUGCCUUGGACGAGCUCCACGAGAUCGCAAAGAGAAAGAUGUCGAAGCGGGAAGAGGAGAGAACAAUAGGCUACUGGAUAAUCAGACAUCUAGUCCUCAUACUACGAUACUACAGACCGUACCGCUAACAACUACCGUUUGAAGACUAUACACUAAUGCACCAGAUGUACGAUAAUUUUACCUUGCUACAAUUAACUUUCACUGAAGAUCACUUCUCUUAUACACUCUGUUUAUUUUAAUAUUUCUUCUCCUAGAAACUGUGUCAUUGGUGAAAACUAUUCACCGUAAUGUGUAUGGUGUUUAUCUCGUGACCACUUCUCUGAUUUUAUUCGUUACAGUUUGUUAAGCAUUUGUCUUUUACUUUCGCCCUCUAGUGAGGAACUGAGGUCGGGUCUAUUUUGUUGUGAGCAUUCACUUAUUCGCGCAUAGCAAGCAAUAUCUCCUAUGAACAUUUUAUGUAUAUUAUAUUGCUAGGAAUGUCCAUCUCAUACGCCGAUUUGAUUCUGAGAAGUUGAUUCCAUUGUAAAAACAAUCUUUUAUUCGGCAAGAAGAUGCGAGGCAACUCGGAUAAAAUAAAGUCCUUGUUGUACAUUAUGUUAUGACAAUGAUAUGAAGGUGAUGACUG